UCUCCUCUGUGGAGGAGGACGACCUGCGCUAAACGGCCACCUUAAAGAGGACUCUCUGUGGAACAUUAAGGCGGCUAUUACAUCUGCAUAACUUCAUGUGAGGGUGUGGAUACAGAGGAGGUGCAAGGCCUCAGGACUUCAGUACUAGCUUGAGUGUUCAGCCUCCAAUGCUAGCUCUGUGUUCCACCAGAGACAUCUGCUGGGAAGCGGAAGGGGCAGAGAUAAUCAAGACACACAAGAGGAAACACAAAGCAAACUUGAGGGAGCUUUUCCAGCGGCCUGUCUGAGUCUGACACAGAGCAGGUGGGGAAAGAGCUUGGAUGUGUGCCAGAGAGGAAAACAGCUGGGGAAUGUCCCCAAGCUAGCAUCGGUGGGAUUCCUCACUGCCUUCACCUCUCCUCUCGCAGGGGAAACCUUCCACGUCAAAAAUCACACUUCACCUCAGCAAAACCAAACACCUAAAUGUCACAGGUGUCUUUGUGUCCGUCUUUGGGUGUGGAGAAUAACAGCACGAUGGCCACACCUGACGGGUCCGAAAUGGUCGCUCCCUUCCCUGCCGUGACCUACGACUCUAAAUCGGAGACCGUCACCCUGCCCGGCGGCAUCGUCUCAGUGGCCGGCAUCACCGUGGUGACGGGCGGCGCCGAGCUGACCUGCGGGUCCUGCACGCUGGCCAUCGCCAUCUGGGGCACCCUGAUCGGCGUCAGCGUGGUGGCGGUGGGCCUGUGGGACCACUCGCAGCACGCCAGGACCAGCGCCUCCCUCCUGCUGACCCUGGGCCUGGUGGUGCUGUCGGUCAGCUUCGCCAUGGUGGCCAGCGUGGUGGGCGUCCGCCUGUGGAGCUGCAAGACGGGUCGCGCGGAGGAGCGGGACGAAGGGAAGGUGGUGCUGGUGGGCGAGAGAGGGAGGAGUGUUAUCAAAACAGUGACCGUGUAAAGCUUGCACGCUUUUGGCACCAGACGGAGAGAGCGUGAAUAAACAUUUGCGCGCCUGCAAAGCUCAUUCUGUUCACUGUCGAACAAUGCACCCAAAAUAUUGACUCUGAUUUUUAUCUAAACAUUCGAACAAACGAUUUUCCUCCAUUUGAAUGGAUGAACUUCAGCUUUGUGUGUGCAGUUAUGUUGCCACCCAUCAAUCCUGGUCCUGUAAAUGUGGCAUGCUUAUGGGGUACAGUCCACUAAAUCAUGCGCCUGUCUCGGGCCUGUCUCAUCCUCUGAGGGGCUGUGUGAGGUUCUGGUGUGACUGGACCACACUCUUAAUCCAUCUGCUGGAUCACAGAAGAAUGUGACAGGAAGUCCAGACAGCUUCCUGUUAAGGGAUGUGCCCACUAGAGAAAACAAGACUUGCUUUCCUAUGUAAUCAGUAAAAACAGCACACUAGAAGAAGGUCUGAUAUUCUAACAACUCUCUUUAUUAUCUAAAUGAUGUCAACAUUAACAAUAAUAUGUUACACUUGUCCAAUCCCAAUUUUCCCAAUAUCCCAAUCCAAUUUAAAAGCUUUAACACAAGAAAUUGCAUUUAUUUUCCUGUAUGUUUCUCAAUAAAACACUACUCUCUA